CUUCCGGUUACUCCGGAUGUGAAGAUUCCUAAGCUCCUCCGCCGGCGGAGGGCCAGGGUGAAGGGAUGGCCGGGCGGACGGUGCGGCUGGUGCUGCUGGUUGGGGUAGCCGCGCUAGCAAGCUGCUCCCAGGGCGAUCGCGAGCCGGUGUACCGCGACUGCGUGCUGCGGUGCGAGGAGCGGAACUGUUCUGGGGGCGCACUGAAGCACUUCCGCUCCCGCCAGCCAAUCUACAUGAGUCUAGCAGGAUGGACCUGUCAGGAUGACUGUAAGUAUGAGUGUAUGUGGGUCACCGUUGGCCUCUACCUCCAGGAAGGUCACAAAGUGCCUCAGUUCCAUGGCAAGUGGCCCUUCUUCCGGUUCCUGUGCUUCCAAGAACCAGCUUCUGCUGUGGCCUCUUUCCUCAACGGCCUGGCCAGCCUGGUGAUGCUCUGUCGUUACCGCACCUCUGUGCCAGCCUCAUCCCCUAUGUACCCCACCUGCGUGGCCUUCGCUUGGUUAAUUUCCAGGAGAAAGGCCUCCAGCGUUCCCUUGGGCCCUUGCCCACCACUGCCCCUCCAGCCCUGCUCCGGCGGCCCAGCUGGGAGGAGGCUGGGCUCCGUUGUCCAGGCUCCUCCUCAGAGACUUGGCCCCAGUGGGAUCUACUUGAUCUCCCUCCCUUGCUUGCUUGCUCUGGACACACCCCAAGCUGGCUCGAGCCCCUCCACCCCACCCACUUCAUUCCCGCCCCCAGAGGCUGAGGUCACUGGCUCGCCUGGCCCGGGUGGGGCUGUCAUGAUCACCUGCCAGUUGGGGGAGGAGGUCUCCCUCAAUGCUUGGUUCUGGUCCACAGUCUUCCACACCAGGGACACCGACCUCACAGAGAAAAUGGACUACUUCUGUGCCUCCACUGUCAUCCUACACUCAGUCUAUCUGUGCUGUGUCAGGACCGUGGGGCUGCACCGCCCGGCCGUGGCCAGUGCCUUCCGGGCCCUCCUGCUGCUAAUGCUGACGGCGCACGUCUCCUACCUGAGCCUCGUCCGCUUCGACUAUGGCUACAACCUGGCGGCCAACGUGGCUAUCGGCCUGGUGAACGCGGCGUGGUGGCUGACCUGGUGCCUGCGGAAUCGGCAGCGGCUGCCCCACGUGCGCAAGUGCAUCGUGGUGGUCCUGCUGCUGCAGGGGCUGUCCCUGCUCGAGCUGCUAGACUUCCCGCCUCUCUUCUGGGUCCUGGAUGCCCACGCCAUCUGGCACAUCAGCACCAUCCCUGUUCACGUCCUCUUCUUCCGCUUUCUGGAAGAUGACAGCCUCUACCUGCUGAAGGAAUCAGAGGCCAAGUUCAAACUGGACUGAAGGCCCUGGAAGCGGAUCUGCCCUCUUGGGGACCCUGUCCCUCCCUGCUGGCUCCCCUUCUUCCCCCCCGACCACCGCCACCCCAAUCCUUGAGAUGACUUUUUUUCCUUUUAGCGUCUUGAAGCUGGACAUGGAGGGUGUGGGACCAGAAUCAUGUAACCUGCCCACCCCCUUGCUCACCCCCACAUGGCCCUCACAGGUCUUGGCGUCAGUUCAGACCUGGCCUCAUAACAUCUGGGGCUGGAAAAUGGGCAACCCCUCUGGUCCCUGGAGCUGAACUGGGCUAGAACUGUGUUCUUAGCUCCACCGAGAGGAGGGCUGCCUCCCCCUCCCCAUCAGCCUCCUCCUCCCAUCCCCUCACUGCCUGGGUGGUUCCCAGAACCCUCCGUCUAGCUGGGAGACUAGGUACCACAGGCCUGUGGGGCUAUAGUGGGGUCCCCUUCUGUUACCCCCGUGCCCUCCUCCGGGGCACCACUAGGUGGCACUAGAUGCUUGCUCUUUGGCUACCCAAGUUUCAAGGCAGGUCUCAUUCUCCCCAUGGGAUCUAGAGGGACCAAGCUGUUGGGAUUGGGGAGCAGUGUCACCCAGACUAUUGCCCCAGUCAGACCCCCAGGAGGCCUCACCACACUCCUUGUUCGGGGCCAGGACCCCAGAGAACCCAGGACAGGAAUCCCUCUGGCCCCUGUGCUGCUGUUCUGGUUGGGAGCCCACACGUGAGUGUGUAAGGGAGACCAAGUGUGUAGGUGACGGGAUGGUGGACACGGGCCUGGGGUGUGUGGGAUGCUGGGUGGGGCAGUGUGUGUGAGCAUUGGCCUUGUGCAGUGUGGAAAGUGGGGGUGUAUGUGAGUGGUUUUGAAGUGUGGUGUUGGGGGGCAGGCGGGUUAGUGUGGGUUAGGGGAACGUGCAGAGACUGAGUGGAAGUGCAGGGGAGUGUGAAUGCCACGCAGUGGGGGGGAGAAUCAAAUCAUGUCGACAGCCGUUUACUGAGCACCAACCCUAUACACAGCCCCAGGCCAGGCAGAAAGCCAGGGUGCCCCCAAGAUCUGGCAGGGUAAGGGUGUCCAGGCUGCAUGUGUGUAUAUGUGUUCCUUUCUUUUGCCCUCCUCUUUACGAGCCUCAUGGGGCUUCUGCACAACCCAAGAUCUCCCCCAGAAUCAGCCCCUUGGGAGGCAGAGGGAGGAAGAAAAGUGGGGAUCCUCCUUGCCUAGACAUGGUUGGCCAGCCCCUACCCCAGUGCCCUGCCUGCUGAGCCCCUUUGCCACUGCCUGACCCAGGGGAGGGAGGGGGCAAUCUGAGUGAGGAGGGGAGAAGGCUUUGGCUGGGUCUGGUUUCUCGUCUUCCCAGAGGCAGGCAGGGGCCGUGCUCUACCUACACCCUGGUAAAAGUGACCCCUGCCAGUUGCCAGCGGCCAUAGCACAUUCCUGCGCCACAAAGACAGAAUGUGGAGCUCCAGAAACUCUCCAUCCAAAGGCAGCCUCUGUGACUGGAGCAAGGAGUCUGGAUUCUUGCUUUUUCUCUGCCCUCUUGCCUCUCCCUGUGGGUAAGGGCACUGAGCUGGGACUCCAACCUCAGGGACUUGGGUGACCUGUAACUUCUUUUGAUACUAAGAACUAUUUUAAGGUAGGAGGGUGGCAAGGGACAUUCUUAAUAAACCAAUUCUCAGACUCA